AUGAGGAUAACUCUGGCCGCUCUCGCCCUGUGCCUUGUGACAUGCGCAUGCCACAGUCAGGAGACGCCGCCAGGUCCUCCGACUGAAAGCCCAGAACCAACUAGUCCACCAGGGACCCCUACAGGAGGACCUCAAACAACUGGCCCACCAGGUCCACCAACUACUGGAGGUCCUGAACCAACUGGACCGCCAGGGACCCCUGCAGGAGGACCUCAAACAACUGGUCCACCAGGUCCACCAACUACUGGAGGUCCUGAACCAACUGGACCACCAGGGACCCCUACAGGUGGACCUCAAACAACUGACCCACCAGGUCCACCACCUACUGAUGGACCUGGACCAACUGCCACAUCAGGUGUAAGUACUCCAUACCCUGAUCCAACUUGGCCCACCUGGUACCAUUUCUGA